AUGUCUCAGUCUGCAAGCCUGCAGCCAAGUGCGAGCCUGCAGCCAAGGCAACAAGCCGCCGGCACAUACCCUCGCCAGCGCAGUCUCUUGCCAACCCUCAGUCAUGCAUCCCAGCAGCAAUUUGCAAUCCAGGACAGCCAGCCAGCCAUGCCAUUCUGCUUGUCGUCCCAAGAAGAGCCACAGACUUUGACAGCAAACAUUGCUCGCCCAUCCAGCGCCAUGCGCGGGGGCGCUGACACAGCCUCUCUGACAGCAGCAAAAUUGCUGGACCAGAUUGGCCACAUGUCAUCGAUUGAGAGCCAGGUCAAGGAAGUUGGUGAGGAGGUUCAAGCGCUCAAGAAGGCCUGCAGUCAGAUUGGAGGCGUUGCAGAGGGUGUCCAAGUGAACACAGAGAAACUGGAGAAGCUGGAGACUGCCAUGAGCCAGAUUGCAUGCAGUGCCACAGAAGCAAAUGCAAAAAGUCUGACUGAGCUGACCGCUGUCAAGCAAGCAUGCGACGAGAUCCUGGCAGCUGUGAAGGCCGCGGCAGAUCAGCUGGUGGCACAAGUGGCGUCAGUGAAGCAGACCAAUGCGAGCAUGCUGCACUCCGCCAACACUGUGGCAGCAGCAGCGCAGCCCAAGACUGGCACCCACACUGGAGGUGAUAAGGGGCAAAACAGCAGCUGUGCCGCACGUGUGCAGCCCACAGAGCAGGGAAAGAUGCCAGCAAGUAUCCGAGGCAAUCAAGGCAACCAACUGGAGAAGACCCAGCAUCGAGCAAGCCAGAAGGGGACAGGCGUGCCGCGAGCAACUCCUCAGCAGGCCACUCCUGGCAUUCCUGACAGGGCUGAGAGCAGAGAGCCCGAGCCCGCUGCACCCUGGAGGCGCAAGCACAGGGCCAUGACACCGGUCGAGCCGCAGUCAGGGGAGGGGAGAGGCUCAGCACCGUCACAGAGCCCCUCUUGCAGGCCAGCACAGGAGAGUGGCCGCUCUUCACAUGUGGAGGUUCCAUUGAACGGCAGCAGGAAACCGGCCAGCAGGCCUGCCACGCAGAAGAGGCCCCUGCAGCUGAGAUACCUCAGGUGGAACCCGGAUGCGCCAGUGCCUGUCAGCCCAUCUCUGCACCACGGACAUGCCUUGGCCACAGCGGAUGAGGCAGGCACAGAAGCAGCAGGCGCACCCAAGAAGACAGCCUGCCCGCGAGUUCCCCUGGCAGACAAAGCCAACGCAGCUGAGCAGAGGCAGUCCAUGGGAGCCUCCAAGAGGCGGAGGCAGGGGUCUGCAGAGCCGGCGGGCGGUCUGUCAGACCCAUUUGCAGCUCUCUUUGCAAAGGUGGACGAUAGCCCUCCUUGCGGUGGAGCAGGUGCUGCAGAGGAAGCCGACACGGCAGCAAUCGAUGACCAGGAAAUCCAGCGGGAGGUGAAGAGGCGCAUGCAGAUGCAGAGGAUGAAGCGCAUGCGGCCCUAG